AAAUUGUCAAAAGUCACAAAACGAUAACAGUCUACAAACAAAAAACGGUAUCAGUGUAAUGGACAUCACGUUGCAAGGACCAACUUACCAAGGGCAUCUUGAUGUGUUGGAAAGGAAACAUGUUAACGUGCUUACACCAACUAAUAGUACCUGUGUUGUCAAGAACGUGUCGUGAACAAUUACAAGAAUAGUGUGUAUUUACAUUGUUUACACAAAAACACACACAACCCCCAACCCAAAUACAAAUUAAACAAACAAAUAAACAAAAACAAAACAAAACAAUCACAAAUAAACCCUCCAGAAGGACUAAUGAGUAGACAGAACAGACAGAACCGUCAGUGUUAACCUGUGUUUCUUUUAAUAUGAUAUUAACAAUGAUUGGAGAAAACAAUAUUUUGAGUCUUACACGAACCCCAUGCAUGCAUCUCAUGACGACGUCGACAUGGACUCUGACACCCGAUAGCUGAUAUAAGCCUAUUGUUCGUGCUGGGGUGUCGUUAUAUUAAUAAUCCAUUCGUUGGCAGAUUAACUGCUCAAGAAUGGCGAAGGCACUGCUGAUUAAAGUAGCUCGUCCCAUCCCACGAGUUGUCAGCGCCUGCGGGAGACAACUCUUCUCGAAACGCAACCUCCUCUACACAAACAUCGGGAUCUCCGUCAGUCUGUCCAUCUCUGGCGACGUCCUUCAGCAGCAGUACCAGAUCAACAAGAAGACCUUGGACAGCUGGAACAAGGAGCGAACCACGCACGUCGCCAUCACGGGAUUUCUCAUCGGACCGCUGGUGCAUUAUUGGUACCUGUAUCUAGACAAGUGGUUCCCGGGAAGAACGGCGUCGAUCCUGGCGAAGAAACUGCUGCUGGAUCAGCUUGUGUGUUCGCCAAUCUACAUCGUUAUUUUCCUCGUCACUCUAAACCUCUUGGAAGGAGCCACGUGGAUGAAGAUCAAAUCGGACGCUGUGUACAAAGGGGGCGUGCUCUACACCGCGGAGUGGGUCGUGUGGCCUCCGGCGCAGCUGAUCAACUUCUACUUCCUCCCGACGAGAUUUCGCGUGCUUUACGACAGCAUGGUGUCUCUGUGUUUCGACGUGUACUGGUCGUAUGUGCGUUAUCAUACGCAGAAUCCAGACGAGGUAUGUAGUACGGAACAUAUCGAACAACCUGGUGAAGAAUCUCAUGUUCACAGUCGUUACGCAUUGAAGUGGACUGUGGCCGAUUCGUGAUUUACUAAAUCGUUUAGUACAAUAUACUGUACUCUGGAAUGUUCAUAAUAGCAUAUAAUGGAGUUGCAGAAUAUAUUUUUGAGAAGAAAACAUCGUGUGGCCGUUUUCUUUUUCAAAAACCAUCAUAUUAGACCUACCUGCAAGGUCAUCUUGCAUGCGCAAACCAACACAUCCGACGAUAUUCGAUUGCAAAACUGAUUGGGCGAUGACCUAACAAUAUUAACAAAAAAACGGACCUUGAUUCAUAAUUAAUUUUACUAACUAUAUGUGACAUUGGAAACCGCUAAUAAUAAAUAAAAUGUCAGAAACUAACAAAAUAUGUAGACAGAUCAAGAUAGAAUUACGUACCCCGGGAGAAGGCAGCGGGGUGCUACCGAAACGUUGGGUAAAAACUGUAACUAAAGCUAUAAAGUACAUGUAUUAAAAUAUA